AUGACCUCUGUCACCAUCCAGAUUACAUUGACCCAACUUGGCUUCCUGCUGUUUCUCAUUCUGGCCACUAAAGGGUGCGAUCCAGCUGAAGGCAAUAAUAUUCCCCAGAACAGUAAUUCUAAUCUCUGGAACAGUUCUUCUUUGUCUUCCUUGCCCGGAAGCUGCAAGGAAAUCAAGCAGAAGCAGCAGAAGGCCUGUGAUGGCCUGUACUUCCUCCGCACCAACAAUAGCGCCAUCUACCAGACCUUCUGUGACAUGACCACUGGGGGCGGUGGCUGGACCCUGGUAGCCAGUGUACAUGAAAACUUCAUGGCGGGGAGGUGCACAGCAGGUGAUCGCUGGUCCAGUCAGCAGGGUAACAGAGCAGACUACCCAGAGGGAGAUGGCGACUGGGCCAACUACAACACCUUUGCUGCAGAGGGAGCCACAAGCGAUGACUACAAGAACCCUGGCUAUUUUGACAUCCAGGCCCAGGACUUGGGCAUCUGGCAUGUGCCCAACAAGACCCCCCUGCAGAACUGGAGGAACAGCUCCCUGCUGAGGUACUGCACCUUCACUGGAUUCUUCCAGCUUCUGGGACACAAUUUGUUUGGACUCUACCAGAGAUACCCAGUGAAAUAUGGCGGAAGGAGGUGUUGGACUGACAAUGGCCCAGCAAUACCUGUGGUCUAUGAUUUUGGUGAUGCCCAGAAAACAGCAUCUUAUUAUUCACCUUAUAGCCAGAAGGAAGUCACAGCAGGAUUUGUCCAGUUCCGAGUAUUUAAUAAUGAGAGAGCAGCCAAUGCCUUGUGCGCUGGAGUGAAGGUUUCUGGAUGUAAUACAGAACAUCACUGCAUUGGUGGCGGAGGAUUUUUCCCUGGGGGUCAUCCUCAACAGUGUGGAGACUUCUCUGCCUUCGAUUGGAAUGGAUAUGGAACACACACUCGUUGGAGCAGCAGUCAGGAAUUAACUGAAGCAGCUGUGCUUCUGUUUUAUCGUUGA